UUGGGAUGAGCUUUAUCAACACUGAUAGACUGAUGGAACCAAAAUUUGGCUCAAAGCACUUUGCUAGCUUUGUCCAGAGAGCUGCCCAUGAGUUUGCGGCUCUUGGCAAGGGAACUGCAUUCCAAAUCUGUUGUCGUUUUGUGGAGGCCAUGUGUGCGUCAUGUUUGCAUAAUCCCUUGGUCUUCCUUGGAAGCUCCCCAAGAUUGGGGAAAGGAUACAAUCUCAAUUACAAGGGCUGCAUAUGCAGACUGCCCACUUGCUCAGAUCACACCAACACGACGGGGAACAGUGAUUGAAACAGUGGCUCGGAGAUUUUUUGCAAGACUUUACCCAGGUUCCAGGGUUGAAGAUCCAAUACCUGGGCAUCGAUGUGAUGGGAGGAGGCGUGCCUUACAUUGUGCUGAAUACGAUUGGCUCUUUGAUGGCAGAAGAACGCAGUGCAAGUCAGCUCAAAUGUGUUGGUCCGAAUCAAAAGGCACGUGGAGAGCUAAUUUUUGUGGAAUUAAAUUACAUGCGUUUGAUGACUUGGUAUUGGUCCUGUACAGCCCCUCUGGGCUGCAUUUGUAUACUCAUGAUUGCAAGAGCAGGCUUUCAACAAGAGGAGUUGCAACGGCUCAUUCUGGACUUGGAUUGAAUAUGUACAGUGCAAGAGGCAUGGUGGACUGGAGAGAGGCAGAAGGCGUGCUACUGAAGAAACUUCGGCAGUGCGGUCUGUUCAUCACUCAGCUCAAGACCUCCAAUGAGUUGGUGGUUGCAGCUGUGCAGCAGCACACCGAACAACUUUCAUUGAAGCUCCAACGUGAUGCAUUUGCUCAGCAUCCCUUGAGCCACAUGACACCUGCAGCACGCGGCAUUUUGCUCCAGCAUGUGGUGGAGGAAGUAGAUUUGCUUAGCCAUCCUGGUUCGGCGCAUGCAGGUUCAACAGUGUAUAAUUCACCCUGCGACUGGCAUAGAGAUGGUUUGCGCUUUGAAUGCAAAUCGUCGAGGCCAAUGUGGUCUCAUGAUUCUUGGAAUUGCUUGUUCGACGGUGUCAAGUUUGGCCAGUUUGAUUGUUUAUAUUUGGCUCUGGAUUCCCCACACGCCCUUCAUAUUUUCCGAUUUGCUGGCUCGAAGUGGAUUUCCUCGAAUGGGAUGGCGGAACAAGCGAGAGGAAAGCAGAUCAGGGUUCAUGGCCCUGCGAAGGAGACAAACGUUUCUGUUGCAGUAGAUGUGAUCACUCAGAAGCUCUUGAGCUCUGGUAGUGAGCACGUGGCCUCGGUGGUGUGGUAAAUGC